AUGCAGGAGGGAGCUGACGUGAAGACGCUUCUGUCUUCCCUCUCCACGGUCACCCAACGCCUUCUGUUGAGUCACCUGGUCCCCGAAGAACCGCAGCCAGCGCGGGCCGCCCCGGUACUGUCGCGGCUGUGCGAACUGGUCGAGGCACGGGGGCCGCAGCAGCUGGGCGCGAGGCUUAACUACCACGUGCUGCGCAGCCUCUGCGCCACGCUUCAGCUCGAGCUGGCCUCGACAGCCCCGACCAAGGACGAGUGUCUCCGACAGUUCGUCGCCUUUCUCAGCGGGCGUCCUUCUGCCUACGCGCUACGUCGGCUGGCCCAGGAAGACCUUGACGUUCUUUUUGAGACUUUAGCUCCGACCGAGCAGAAGCCAACCACGAAAACCGCCCUGCGCAGGUUCCUCGCCACGGCCAUCACAAGCACGGGCGUGCGGUCGUGGCUGGACUCCCUGCCCAAGGAGCUGGCUGAGCGCGUGGCGUUCGAUCUGGACAAGGAGCCGGCCGAGGGAGCGAGUCUCACCGACACCAUUCUCACCGCCCCUCCCAAGCGGGAGUUCAACGUGGCCGACCCCGAUGACGAAGUCAUUCAAGAUGGCGAUGGCGAUGGCGACGACGACACCACCGUCCCUACCAAGAAGGAGAAGAAGGAACCGAUCAGGAGGGGUCGAGCGAUGCGACAAGUCGCCAAGAGGCGCAGGUCUGCGCCAGCGGCAGGUUCCAGCAAGCCACCGGCAAAGAAGAGGAAAAGGCGAGCCAGCGAGGUGGCUCAAGAUGAAGAAGAGGACCACGAGGAAGAAGAGGAGGAAGAGGGAAGCGAGGAUGCCGCCAUGUGCCAUCCUGAGGUGGCGACGCUGCUCCAGACCAUCGGCUUCCAUCGCCACGUCCCCCUGUUUGCCGAAAAGGGAGUCACCCCAGAGCGGCUGAUCGCGAUGAAGGAAGCGGACUUGACCAGGGAGCUGGGCAUGAGCCUCCGCAACACGCGGAACUUGACUGAGUGCCUGUCCACCCUGCGCAGGGAGCUGGCCGAAUGCAGGGCCACGGAACAGAGGAAACCUAGAACCAGGGCCGAGGUCCGUGACCUCGUCACCCAAGGCCGCAAGUGGGCGCGAGCGGACUCCUGCAAGGCCGGCAAGCAGAUCACCAUCAGCAAACUGCUCCCCUCGCUCCACCCAGCCAAGACCAGGCCUUCCCACCAUGUCAGUUCACCGCCCAAACCAGUCGGCCAGACCACCAGCGCUGGCGAUGCCGCCCGCUCCAGCGCAGCUGUGGUGCCUGGCACAGGCCGCCUUGUCCGCAGAAGGCGCCGCAUGCUGGCCCCCGCACCCGACGAAGGCCCAGAUGUGGAGGUGGACCUCGAUGUAGAAGACGACGUGAUCGUGAUGGAGGAGGACGGGAUCGAGGUGGGCGGGGAGAGGCCUGAAUCUAUGCACGAGAUCAUCAACGAUGACCUCGAAGAAGAGGAGUGGGACCCCACCGCCACCCAAAACUCAGGGUACAACCUGACCAAGAGGUUGGCAGAGGGAGUUGGCCCAGAAGAGGACUAA